UUUUUUUUUUAAAAAAAGGUAAGUUUUCAGCAAAAUGGAAAAGACAACUACCAAUUUAUUGAGCUGUAGAAUCUGACGGAGUUCUUAGUUGAAUCCCCUUCAUGUGUAGCCUGGAGUAACACACGCACUCGCUCGACUCUUCAAUUUUCAGAGGUACCUGUUUAGGAUAAAGCGAUGAAACCAUCAGAGCUUAGGUAUUUGGAGGAUGAAGAUACUCCUAUAAUGAAAACAUUUAGGGGUGCAACAAUGGGUUUGGCUGCUGGGACUAUCUGGGGAACUGUUGUUGCUACUUGGUAUGACGUGCCUCGUGUUGAGAGAAGUGUAGCGCUUCCAGGGUUGUUCAGGACGCUGAAGAUGAUGGGUAAUUAUGGGAUGACAUUUGCUGCUCUUGGGGGAGUUUAUAUUGGUGUUGAGCAGCUCAUGCAAAAUUACAGGAUGAAGAGAGAUUUUAUUAAUGGAGCUAUUGGAGGCUUUGUUUCUGGGGCAACUGUUCUUGGCUACAGAGGAAGGAGCAUUUCUACAGCUAUUUCUGCUGGCACAGCACUUGCUGUUACUUCUGCCGCUAUUGAUGUUGGUGGUCAAACCACAAGAAGAGACACUGGCAAGGAAUAUUAUCCUUACACCACAAAGAAAAGAUCUACUGCUGAUCAAUGAUUUCUCAGUCGAAAAGAAGCCAAUGGCAAAUACAUGAGACUGUGUUCGCCACUUCUUAUGUUUGCUUCAGAGAAGUAACAAUACUCUCAGCUCUAUCUUAUUGUUUCAAUUUGUAAGCUUUUAGAGCUUGAACAGAUGUUUGGAAUAAAUACGUUGUCAGUUUGCUCUGCUAGAUGCAGUUCUGAAUUUGAGGCGAUUAGCAGAAGCUCUGCUAUAAUUUGAGAUUCAUGCUUAGAACAAUCAAGAUUCAUCUAUUAACUUUGAAAACAUGUUUUGGAGUUCA